CUCGUCAUAAACUCAAUCUCUCUCUCUCUCUCUCUCUCUCUCUCUCUCUACAAGAAGUAGAGUCACAUUUAAAUUCCCAAAAUGGCCUUCAAGAAGUCAUCAAACAACAAGCUCUCACAAGCAGCACUUAUCAAACAUAUUUUAAAGAGGUGUUCAAGCCUAGGAAGGAAACAACAACAACAUUACGAUGACGUACCCAAGGGCCAUUUCGUUGUUUACGUUGGUGAAAACCGAAGCCGAUAUGUCAUUCCCAUUUCCUUCUUGUCACGCCCCGAGUUCCAAACCUUGCUCCACCAAGCCGAAGAAGAGUUCGGGUUUAAUCAUGACAUGGGUCUAAUCAUUCCUUGUGAAGAACAAACCUUUGAGUCACUAACUUCAUUGCUUCGGUUUUGAGACCACACAUGAUCAACUAGCUAUUACGAUUAUUUUCCCCUUUUAUUGCUUCUUGAAUGUCAUUUUGCCUUUGACACAUUUGGCUCUCUAGUGCUAGAAGCUAUCCAAUUCCUGACCAGGGUCCAACGGGUCAUCUACAACAAUUGUUCAGCCUCAGGGAGCAGAAUUUUGUCUUUGAUAGAUUAGGGUUUGCAAUUCAGAAAGGGGUGACGACGCAGCUUGUUACCAGUUUACCUUUUGUUUUGAUAUAACUUGGCAAGUAUUGAUGAUCAUAUAAAAUUCAUAUAAAAAAAUUUAAAUUUGAUCUAGCCAUGCAUAAAAUAGUAUUUUAAUUAAAACCCCACAACUUGGAAUGGGUUUCUUUAGUUGAUUGUAAAUUUUAAAGAUUUUUCUCUCA